AUGAACAUUCUACGCUCACCUACAAGAAGUGACUUGAGAGAUACACUUAGCGAUUCACAACUUAAUGAAUCUAAAAUAGUCACUUUUCGUAAUAAAAGGAAAUUACCAGAAGAAAACGAAGACAUAACAGUGAUAAAAAAGGAAGUAUGCGAAUUAACUAACAAAAUGUCACAGAUCAUGUCGAUGCUUACUACAAUUUGCACAAACCAAAAGGAAUUAAUGGAAAAAAUAUCUUCAGAUGUAGCAGACUUGAAAGAACAAAUUACUGAGAUGAAAUCGACAAUACGCCAUGUAAACAAAGAAAACAAAAUAAUAAAAUCGGAUAUCUCAAACUUAUUAGAGAAGAACAAAACUAAUGAACAGAAGAUCUUGAAUCCAUCUUGA